CUUCCUCAUCACUUAGUUUGGAGAGUCAUUGUCGUCUGGCUGUGAGCGACUAACUUUUCUGAUCUUUUACUUUCGUCAUUGAGUACCUAAAAAAAAAAAGACAUCUGCACUUCACUAUCUACUAGAUCCUCUGAGGGAUUUGACUGAAUCAAGAUGCUGCUGAUCAUUGAAGCUCUUCUUCUCAUUUUAGCUGCUCUAGGACAGGAUCACAGAGCUGCUGAAGGACAGAUAUUUCCAUUGGAUAUGGCACUGGAUUCUGUUGAUGAUCAAUAUAUGGGCUGUAGAGAGAAAAUGGCAAAACUGGUGGAGACAAAAUAUCUAAAGAAUGAACUCAAAAAAUCACAUGAUUUUAAAAGAGCUUGGCAAAAUGGGGAAAAUUAUGUCAAGAAGACCCUAAAGGUUGAUUUGACAAAAAUGAAUUAUUUUAUCGCCAUUUAUGUGUACAGUGAUGCUACUGUAUAUAAGUACUUCAACCCUGACACUCGUCGUGAUAAAAAACAGUACAAACAGAAGACAUACAAAUGGUAUUCACUUCACUUUCUGUUAACAAAUGCAAUACAUAUCCUGAAAAAACAAACACAAAAUCAAUGCUAUUCAACUUUUCGCGGUACAGAUGUUAGAUUUAAUGAGGAUGUUCUGAACAAAGAGGUUCGUUUCGGCUCAUUUACAUCCUCCUCUUUAAAUCGUAAAAGUACAAGAUUUUUUGGAAAAGUGUCUUGUUUUGAAAUCUACACCUGUGAAGGUGCUGAUGUGGCAAAAUAUUCUAAGCUUGAUGAGAAAGAGGUGCUGAUUCCUCCAUAUGAGAAGUUUAAAGUUGUUGAUGUCAAAAGAAAAGAAGAGCAGAAAGGUCUCUGGUGUGACACUGUGUUCACUUUGAAAAGCUCUGGAAUAAGAAGUGACCUGAACUGUGCUCUGUUCAAGAAACCAUCCAAGACCAAAACAAAGUACUAUGUGCUGAACAACGUGCUUUGAAUUUACAUGAUAUAGUCAUGUUCAUCAGCUCCAACAUUUGUUCUUCUUGGUUUAGUUCAUUGACUAUUUGUCAGAAAAUGCAAUUUGUUUAAUUUCAACAAAAUUAAAUAAAGUUAUUUUUAAGUGACCCAAUUCAGUGGCCUCAAAGUGAUUUUGUGUCUCUAUCAUAUUACUGAACAUGUUUAGUGCUUGCUUUCUGUCUAACCAUCAGCAGUAUCAUACAUGAUCUACUAAAUGACCUUCUGAGUGCAAUGCAGCUUGCAGAGAUCAUAUUUUUUUAACACACUAUAAAAAGCUUUUGCUUCUUGUUGAAUUUAAUUUAAAUUGUUUGAAAAAGAUUUUUUAAAUAUAAAUUCUACUUUAUCUUCUUAAUCAUGUUGGCGAUGUUGGAGUUUUUGUGGUUUUCAUUGUGCAGAAGAGAAGCUUGUGGUUUUGUUGUGAGUGGUCUUUACUAACACCACGACACUUUAUGAAAUGAGCAAUAGCUGCGAAAACAUGUGCAAUGAUGAGUGUCUUUUUAAAUGUUCAUCCCUUUACAUUCAGUCAGAAAUGUUGUUUCUAGCUAGAAGAAAAUGAAAGAUUCAUUUCAGUAAAUAAUUGAAAACUUUAAUUGAUUAGGCUUGUUCAACAAAAAUAUUAUUUGUUCAAAUGCACGUAUUCUAGUCUUAAAUGAACUUUAUUUGUGUGGGAAAUCUGCUCUCACUUUAAGUUCAUUGAACUAUUUUUUUUUUUUUUCCUUUUCAGUGUAUGCUUUUAAAAUACGUAAGGUUUUAUACAUGACGUCAAUACGUAUUACUCAUCCUAAGCAGUAGAAACUCAGAGUUUGUCCUGCAUGAAACCACAGGCUUUCACAGGUGUUGCAUUAUCAGAUGAGCCUGAUGUUUAUAAUUUGAACAACUUUCAAGUCCUUUGGUUACAGCACUGGCCAAGGUGUAUGCAUCAUAUUUAACUUACCAUAUAGAGCAGGGGUGACCGAUCAUGCUCCAGGAGGGCCACUGUCCUGCAAAGUUUAGCUCCAAAUCAAGGUCUUUCUAGGCGUACUAGAAACUACCAGACAGUUGUGUUGAGGUGAGUCAAAGCUAAACUCUGCAGGAAAGCAGCCCUCCAGGACCGAGUUUGGACACCCCUUGAUAUAGACUAAAGUUAUGACCUUUUUUUUUUUUUUUUUUAGCCAGGAACUCAGUUUGUCCAGUGAUAAACCACACAGACUUUCACAAGUUCUGCAUUAUAAUGAGCUAAACAGUUUAGUUGAGCAAAAGGCAUCACGGUCACACUUCAGCUGUUAUAUCUCAGAAAACACACAUAUUACUAGUGAUAUAAAAGGUCAACUUCAACAUCCUUAUCUUAGUUUGAA